UCGGUGCGGUGUCGCGGUGAUUUUGAGGGGACAGAAGAGAAAGAAAGGGAGAAAGAAGAAACAGGGGACCAGGGAAAAACGGGAGAAAAGAACGGUGCUCGGGACUCGCACAUCGCUCGAUCUUCGAGGGUGCGAGAGACCAGCCAGAGAAAUAAGAAUUUCGGUGUGCAACUUGGAUCCUUGUUAAGAAAAAAAAAAAAAAAAGAAAAGAAAACGAUAGUUAACGAUAGUUUGUCGAUCGGUAGUUUUUAGAUCGCGAUCUGCCGAACCCGUGUUCACCACGGGACAUCCCCGUCGAGAAACAUUACGCUAUCCUUUCGAAGAGUGAGACCGAAGGUUCAUCGACUCUAAUAACAGUUCCACGGGAAGAUCUCGAAGCACGAUUACAACCGCGACACGUAAAGAAUUUUCGAAUCGAAUCGAAACCGGCCACGCGUCCAUCCGGAAGAACACGUCGCCGGUCAGGAUCGUCAGGGUCGUCUGCCGUUGACGACCGCCCUGGAUAGGAAACGGAAAAAGACUGCCGACAUGUCGGCCUUGAACGCCGGGCCUUGUCGACCCGGGAUUAUACUCUGUUUGGCUGUUCUACUGGCAUCGCAAUCCAAUUCUGCGCCUGUAUAUGACCAGGAUAGCACACAAGUAGCAGAAUACGAUGGAGCCACAGCUGGAUGCUAUUAUAACUUUCAACACUAUGCGGAGGGCGAUAGAAUCAUAACGAACGAGCCAUGCCUGAACUGCACGUGUCACAAUCGAAUGCUGAUGUGUUACUUGAGGGUUUGUCCCUUCACCAAGGCGAUUGGCCAAGACUGCACGGUUGAAAAACGCCCGGAUCAGUGUUGUCCUGUCAUCACCUGCCCAGAAGUGCCGGUACAAUUGUUGACCUCGACUACUAGCGCGCCAGCAAUUUCCGGUUCUACGGCGGUCGGUUUCCACGACAAUUAUGGAUGUAAUGUUGACGAUCGGUUCUACGCGGAUGGUGCCCAAUUACCCACCGACCCUCAGAAUCCUUGCGAACUCUGCUACUGUAUCAGGAAUAGGACUACUUGCGUCAUGCAGGAGUGUACUUUACGUGUCGCUGGAUGCAAGCCUGUUUAUCAACCGGGAAUUUGUUGUCCUGUCAAAUAUAAUUGCGAAUACGACGAGGAACUCGCCACGACGGUUGAACCAACGCCCGGUCUAAUUAUGACUACCACGAUAGCCCCAGGAGCAACACCGCAGUGCUACCACGAAGGAAAAGUUUACGAGGACGGUGACUUGAUCUACUCGACCCAGCCCUGUCAGCAUUGCUAUUGUUUCCGCGGUGACAUCGCAUGCGCUGUGCAAGAUUGCGGAACACCGAUGAAAACUCAUGGAAAGAAUUGCACAGCCUUGCCACCGCCGGAAGGAGAGUGUUGCCCGACCACGUAUCAGUGUGAAGAAGAUGGACAUGGUGGAUUCGUUACAUUACCUAGAGGUGAGGAAUCAUCUACCGAGGAACGCGUUCCAGAAACUACAGCUGCAACUGUGACAAUAGCUGAGAAAGAAGCACUGCAUCCUGAAACAGCAGAAGAGACCUUCCCAGGUUCUGACAACGUCAUUCCUCAGGAUCACGAAAUUGUAACCUCUCAAGCGCCAGUUGAAAACGCGCCUUCUACAGAAGAACCCAAAAAAGAAGAAGUUCCUUCUCUGGAAGAAACCGCUGCUCCAGAAACUCCAACAACUCAAAAAGAAACUGAAGAUACUGUAGCAGUGACAGAAGCAUCUAGCGCAGCACCAAAAUUAACCGAAUCUCCCGAGGGAACAAAAGCCGAAGCGACGGAAGCACCAUCAGUAGAAGAAAAGGGCGAAGAAGUGGCCACUACACCUGCAGAAGAAACUACUCAAGAAGUCACCGAAAUAUCAGUUCCAAAAGAAGUACCAGAAUCGUCACCAAAACUGGAGACUACACCGCAAGAGGUAACUACGGCAAGAGGGGAAGAAAGACCAGAGGUAGUUACUGAACAAGCAAUGCCAGAAGAAACACAAACUGAAAGUAAAGUGCCUGAGGAAGCACAAUCUGAAUUGCCAAGCGAAGAGAAACCAACGAAAGAAAGUGUGACUGUUUCGGAGAAAGAGCCAAGUGUUACUGAAGAGACAGUACCUACAGAGGAGCAUCCAGUGGAGGAAGCUAAGAUGCCUACGCAAGCACCAGAGUUUCCAAGCGAAGCACCAGAAGUUCUCAGCGAAGAAAAGGGAACAUCUCCAGUUUAUGAAGCAGAAGCGACAACAGUUAAAACAUUGGGCGAAGGGGAAGUAACUGAAGCAGUCAAAACGACUAAAUCUCCUGCCACUGAAUCAGAACAGGGACUGUCUACAGAGGCACCCAUUGAAGAGAAACCAGAAGAAGCCGCAACGCCUGAGACUGAAAUAACAACUGAGAAAUCUAUUGAAGAGGUUCCAAGUACAGAACAAGUUCCCCAAAAACCUGAGCAAGUUUUCGAAGAAGAAAAGGAGAAACCAAUGGAAGUGAGCACGGAGCAAUUACCUACAGAAGUGCCUGCAGCGCCGGUAGAACACGGUAUAGAAGCAAUACCUACAGAAGUUCCAGUGGAACAGAAAACAGAACUACCAAUAUUUGGACACAAGGUUCCUGAAAUGCCUGGUCUGGCUCCCAAGAAGGAAGAUAUGAUUCCUCCUGAAGUACCGGAAACUAGUAAGCAUCCAGCUGUAACAGAAGAGUACCACAUGGAAGAGGGAACUCCUGUAAUUCCAGAACGUGGUCCACCAGGUAUCUCGAUUACGGAACGUGUACCAGAGAGCAAGGCAGAAGAUAAGGAUGCAGUAACCGAAAUUUACGUUACGGAAGGUUAUGUUGACAUGAAGCCACCAGAAUUCCAUGUACCAAGCAGUCUCGUAACUGAAGCACCUGAGCAGAAAGGUUCGUCCAUGUAUGUACCUACAAUUCACGAAACAACAAUUGCUCCUAAACAAGAAGUUGUUCCUAUAGAAGAAGGAACUACAGUGGAAGCGCAAUUGCCCGAAGAAGCGCCUUCGUCCACUUCGAUUGCGCCAGAGAAGGCUAUAGAAGGUGUUCCUCCGGUUACGGAAGCUGGUGAAGUUCCGGGUGAAGAGAAAGAGGUAGCAGAAGCUGCUGCGAAAGGCACUGAAUCUAGCCCUGCAACAGAGAUUUCAACAUCAGCUCCGGAAAUUCCAGAGGAAGUACCCCAAGAAACUGAACGACCUAGUUUGCCAGAGGAACAAAGUACGGAGACAUCGUCUUCCGAAGUUUCACCGGCAAAAGAGUCUUCUGAAGAACGAGAGUCACCGACAAAGGGACUGACUAUCGAAGAAUCUGGAGAAACCUCUUCCGAAGAAGUGAACGAUUCAAGUGAAGAAAUUACUGCUUCCAAAGAGAAACCGGCUGAAGAAGCCGAGAAAGCACCUCAAGAACACGUAUUUGAAAUAUCGGUUCCAACUCCAGCUAUAACAGAAGAAUAUCCAACUGAGCAACCAGCCAUCGAAGAGCAAACCGUAGAAACUGAGAAAAUAAGUACAGAAGUCAACGCAGUUCCAGAGGAGAAACCUGCUACAGAACAAGAAGAACAAGGUACUGUUGCGCCGGGAGAAGCUUUGCCAAGCGAAAAGCCUGGUAUAAUUUCGGGAGCUCAUGAAGAACAGGCAACUGAGAAACCAAUUACUGAAGAGGAAUCUCCAGUUACUAAGGAAGCUGAGGACAAAACAAUAAGUAUAACACAAAUACCCCCCAGCGAAGGUGAGCGACCUGAAACAAGUGAAAAACCUGUCGUUGAAGAAAUGCCAAAAGAAACAACGAUUUCAGAACUCGAAGGUUCACCAGUAACUCAGGAAACGACGGAGGCUGAAGAACUAACGGAAGGCACUCUAACAAUUACAGGUCACCCAACCAUGGAGCCAGAAGAACAGAAAACAGAAGCACCAGAGGUUAGUGAACAACCAGCUCUUGAACAAACUGAAGCACCGAUAACCAAAGAAACAUCAUCUGAAGGAAUAGUGCAAGAAGAACAAAAAACGGAGCAGCCAACGAAGGAAGAGGGUCCAACUGAAGGACCAGUGACUCCAUCUCCGACAGAGGAAUCAAUGACUGAAGAAUUAGCAAAGGAAGGAACACAAAUUCCUAUAGAGGCGCAUCAGCCAACUAAACCUCCUAUUACUGAACGUAAAGAAGAUGAAAUGGGUGCAGAAAAGUUGCCUGAGCUGGAAAAAGGCGUUCAGAAGCCAUCUCUUGAAGAAGAGAAGCCAACUGGAAAGCCUGUAGAAGAAGAAGAAACUGCUGUGGCAGGAGAAGCUCAAAUAACUGAAAAACCCCUUGAAGAUCAUAAACCUGCUGAGAAACAACCAAUCGAGGGAUCCGCAGAAGGAGAACAACCAGCGGAAGAAGAGAAACCAGCUGAAGAAUCUGUUGAACAAAAACCUGAAGAAGAAGAGAAGACAAGUGAAGAAAAACCAGAGGAAGAAGGAAAGACAGUGGAAGAGGAGAAACCAACAGAAAGUUCUAUUGAGGAGGAGAAACCAACUGAAGGACCUACUCUAGAGAAAAAACCAUCUGAAGAGAACGUUGCAGAGGAGAAACCAACCGUGGGUCCUAUUGCAGAGGAAAAAUCAACUGAAGGACCUGCUGCAGGAGAGAAACCAACUGAAGGACCUGUUGCAGAGGAAAAACCAACUGAAGAAGCUGUUGUCGAGGAGAAACCAACUGAAGGUCCCGUUGCAGAGGAAGUACCAACUGAAGAACCUGUUGCAGAGGAAAAACCAACUGAAGGACUUGUUGCAGAGGAAAAGCCAACUGAAGGACCUGUUGCAGAAGAAAAACCAACUGAAGGACCUGCUGUAGAGGAAAAACCAACUGAAGAGCCUGCUGCAGAGGAAAAAUCAACCGUAGGGCCUGUUGCAGAAGAAAAACCAACUGAAGAGCCUGCUGUAGAAGAAAAACCAACUGAAGGUCCAGUUGCAGAGGAAAAACCAACUGAAGGACCUGUUGAGGAGGAGAAACCAACUGAAGGUCCUGGUGUAGAGGAGAAACCAACUGAAGGACCUGUUGCGGAGCAGAAACCAACUGAAGGUCCUGGUGUAGAGGAGAAACCAACUGAAGGACCUGCUGAAGAGGAAAAACCAACUGAAGGACCUGUUGCAGAGGAGAGACCAACUGAAGGAACUACUGUAGAAGAAAAACCAACUGAAGGACCUGUUGCGGAGGAGAAACCAAGUGAAGGUCCUGGUGUAGAGGAGAAACCAACUGAAGGUCCUGGUGUAGAGGAGAAACCAACUGAAGGAUCUGCUGGAGAGGAAAAACCAACUGAAGGACCUGCUGUAGAGGAAAAACCAACUGAAGGACCUGUUGCAGAGGAGAGACCAACUGAAGGACCUACUGUAGAGGAGAAACUAACUGAAGGUCCAGUUGCAGAGGAAAAACCAACUGAAGGACCUGUUGCGGAGGAGAAACCAACUGAAGGUCCUGGUGUAGAGGAGAAACCAACUGAAGGUCCUGGUGUAGAGGAGAAACCAACUGAAGGACCUGUUGCGGAGGAGAAACCAACUGAAGGGCCUGUUGCAGAGGAGAAACCAUCUGAAGGGCCUGUUGCAGAGGAGAAACCAACUGAAGGACCUGCUGUAGAGGAAAAACCAACUGAAGGGUCUAUUGCAGAGGAAAAACCAACCGAAGGGCCUAUUGCAGAGGAAAAAGCAACCGAAGGUCCUACUGCAGAGGAGAAACCAACUGAAGGACCUGUUGUAGUGGAAGAACCAACUGAAGGACCUACUGUAGAGGAAAAGCCAUCUGAAGGGCCUGUUGCAGAGGAGAAACCAACUGAAGGACCUGCUGCAGAGGAGAAACCAACUGAAGGACCUGCUGCAGAGGAGAAAGCAACUGAAGGACCUGUUGUAGAGGAAAAACCAACUGAAGGGCUUGUUGUAGAGGAAAAGCCAACUGAAGCACCUGUUGCAGGAGAAAAGCCGACUGAAGGACCUGCUGUAGAGGAAAAACCAUCUGAAGGGCCUGUUACAGAGGAGAAACCAUCUGAAGGACCUGUUGCAGAGGAAAGACCAACUGAAGGACCUGCUGUAGAGGAAAAAGUAACUGAAGGACCUGUUGCAGAGAAAAAGCCAACUGAAGGACCUAUUUCAGAGGAAAAUCAAACUGAAGGGGUUGUAGAAGAGAAACCAAGUGAAGCCACUCCUUCUCAGGAAACUGUACCAGUAUCUGUAGAAAUUCCAACUGAAAUUCCAAUCGAAAAGAAACCUUUUGAAACUCCUGAAACAGCACCUACGGAAGUUCCUAGUGUAGAAGAAAGUUCUAGUUCGUCUGCUCCGAAAGAGGUACCUGAAGUGUUGACAGAACUUCCAGAACAAAGUUCAGAAGCUGCCAUCACCACAGCUACGGAAGAAGUUUCGCACACCGAGGAAGCACAAACAGUGAGUAGUAUGUCACAAGAGCAAACAACAAAAAGUCCCGCUAUUCACGAAGGAGCUUCUACGGAACCAACUAUACAAGCUUCAGAGCAGCCUACCGAGGAAGAAAAACUACCAGAAGGAAUCACUCAAAAACCAGAAUUACCUGCUGAAGCAUCAACAGCAACUAUUCAAAGUGAAACAACCGAGCAAGAAGCUAAAGUGCCUGAGGUUGGUAUCAUGACUGAAACCCCUGAAGUCUCACCGGUUGAACCUGGAGCUGUUAAGACAACAGCAGCACCACCUGAAGAAACAAAAUUACCAGAAGAGGAACAAAAAGUAUCUAUUCCAGAAAAAGCUCAAACUGAAACUCCAUUGAAAGAAGAGGGAACAACUCAAGCUUCUCAAAAGAAGGAAUCAGAGGCUCCUAUUACAGAAGAAAAAGUUCCAGGUGUAUCGCUUGCAACACCCAAAGAAGAAGAAAUUCAGGAGACCACACCUUAUGCAGAAAUAGCGCCGAAGGCUACAACUGAACAAAUAGCCGAACAAUCCACUCUAGCUGAAACAAUUCCAGAAAAAGGACUAUCCACAGAAGCUCCUUAUAUACCACCAGCAAUUCCAGGAGAAGGCAAUUGUCUCGUCGAAGGACAAUCUUACAGCAACAACUCUAUAAUUCCUCCAGCCAAUCCUUGUCAGCUUCAAUGUCGUUGCAUCAGUAGCAUCAUUCAAUGCGACCUUGUUCAAUGCCCACCGCCUCCCAAUCAUUUAUCGAACUGUAUGCCAAUUUAUACUAGCAAGGAUGCCUGCUGCCCGAUGUACACCUGUGACUCGACGCCUACAGCAGGGUUAGAGUCCGAUAAUCAUAUGAUCGAACACGAAACGCCUAAAUACGAAGAGGAACAGAAAACUGUAUCACCGACAGCUGAAGUUCCAGUGAAGGAAGGCACAACGGAAGCUAUCAGGGAACAUUCGACUAUGGCACCAGAAAUGCACAUAUCCCAUGAAGAAACGACUGAACAGACACAUGCACCUGGUUUCUCCGAAGAAAAGCAAACGACGCCGAAAUCUGCGGAACCUGAACACGUACAAACGGCUACCGUUGGAGAAGCUGCAAAAGAACCUGAAGAACAAACUCUUAGUCCAGUAUCUCCACAGAUAGAGUCUUCUAGUCAAAUACCUCCAGGAGAAGCGAAAGAAACUUCACCAGAAGUAUUAAGCACUCCUAUGAAAAUCCCAGAGGAACAGGUAACCAAGAUUCCAUCUACGGAACAGCCGAUCGAAGGGCAGGCUCCUGAAGAGCAACCUUCAAGUACUGCUGCGAGUGGGGAACAGACAGUUGUAACGACAGAAGGAGUCCAAGAAGAACAAACUUCUGUUGGAAUUGAAAAGGAAGCUUCUACCACGAUAAGGCCAACGGCUGAACAACCAUCUAUUCCAUCUGCUGAAGAAGGAGAAAAAUCUGUAGAAGGCGAAGAACAAAUAACUGUUUCACCUGCAGUUUCAGAAGAAGGUAUAAGCAAGGAACCUGAAGUACCAAGCUCUUCCAUAUUGCCAGAGGUUGCAGUGACGGAAGGUCAACCUUCAGUGAAUGUUGAAACUCAAGGACCACUAGAAGAAGGCACUACUGUGGGCCCAGAAUCGGUAACACAGCCCGAAGAAGAAGGAGUAAAGGAAACUAAGCCAGCUGAAGAGGAAAAACUUGCUCAACCUGAACAACCUACUACAGAAGGUGGAUUACAGACAGUCCAACCUGGUGAAGCAGAAUCUGAAAAAACAUCCAUACCACCUGUUGAAGUGUCUACUUCACAAGAAGGUGUAACAGCAGGCGAAGAACAUGAAGUGACUCAUGUAGAACAAGGAACUGUUAAACCAACUGAAGGUGAAACACCCGUAACGGCAGAAAUGGAAAUGACUGCGCCUAGUGUGACUAAAGAAGGACCAAGUAACACAGAAGCACUCGAAGAAGGAAUAACCACGCCGUCAAUCAUGGGUGCAGAAACUACAAGGGAACCAGAAACUGUUUCAGAAACUACUCCGGAAGAAGAACAUGCCGUACCCGAAAGAACUGAACAACCUUUGAUACCUACUACUUUAGCAGAAGACGGAAUUAAGGAAACCGUAGUUAAGAUGACUACGACAACACCCGAAGAACAACCUGUGAAGUUACCCGAAGAACAGUUACCAAGUUCUACCGAAGCUGCUGAGGUAAGCACUGAGCAACCCUCAACAUCCACUAAAACGGAGGAAACGGCAGAAAAAGAGGGGGUCACUGAAGAACAACUAAAUAUCGUUAAAAUGAAACCUGAACAGGAAACUACACCGCUACGUGAGGAGCAACAACCUGAAGUAACACCAGCAGUGAAAGAAACAGCAGGAUCUGUUUCACCUGUUGCAGAGGAAACUACACCAUCGUCGGAAGCUACGCAAUCUCCUGUAUCUCAGGAAACUAUUACAGAAGCAACACCUGAAGCUAGUACAGUGAGAACAGCUCCUGAAUUGACUUCUCCUCAAACACAAACCGAACAACCUUCAAUGGAGAAGGAAACUGGGGCACCUGCUACUGAAGAAGUAACUACAGAAGGAAUUAAGGAACAACCUAUUGAACCAGAGGAGCAACCGGGUACUGAAAAAAUAAAUAUAGCUCCCGUUGGAGGUGAAGUGCCUGAAAUUACAGAGCCAACUGAAGUUCCAGAAGAGGUAACAAAGAAAGAAGAGCAAGUGACAGAAUCUGUGGUACCAUCUGAGGAAACUACAAUGCCAGUUGUAACUGUGGGAGAACAGAAACAUGAAGAGGGAACUGAGGAACCAAUUGUAAAAGAAGGUGUGACACCUGCAGAGACGACCAAAAUGCCUGAUAUGGUAGGUGAAGGAAUCACAGCUACAAGAAAAGAACAACCUAGUGCAACACUACCUCCAGUUGUGGAAAUCAGUUCCACAGUAGCACCAGAAGAAAUUCCAAUUUUGCCAGAACAGACAACGGAAGGGCAGAAACCUCUAACAGAGGGUGUAACAGAAGAGAAGGCUACGACUGUGCCGAGUGAAAUGGGUUCAACUCCUGAAGAACAAUCUUCUGUGACGGAAGAAAAACCGGAAGGAGAAAUGACGCAGAAGACUGGUGUACCGUCUGUAGAAGAAGCAACAGGCAAACCAGCGGAAGAAGCAGCAACGGGCAAACCAGCGGAAGAAGCAGCAACGGGCAAACCAGCGGAAGAAGCAGCAACGGGCAAACCAGCGGAAGAAGCAGCAACGGGCAAACCAGCAGAAGAAGCAGCAACGGGCAAACCAGUCGUAGAAGAAGCAACAGGCAAACCAGUUGAAGAAGAAGCAACAGGCAAACCAGUUGAAGAAGAAGCAACAGGCAAACCAGCUGAAGAAGUAGCAACGGGAAAACCAGUGGAAGAAGAACAGACGCCUGUUGAAGAGCAAACAACUCCAGUAGAGGAAAUCGUAAAGGUAACUGAAGUUGUUUCUAAGGCACCUGCCGAGGUUGGUUCUACUGAAAUACCAGUGAAGAUAGCGACUGAAGAAACAACAGAACAAGGACUAUCUGCGAUACCAGAAAAAGCACUUCCUACCGAAGGACCAGUGCAAGCUGCUGAAGCUCCUGUGCAAGUUACCGAAGGACCGGUGCAAGCUACUGAAGGUCCGCAAGUUCCCCUUCAAGCACAUGAAGAAGAAUAUUCGACCGAAGCUCCCGAAAACGUAACUCCUGCAGGAGAAGUCCCGACACCAGAAGUUCCAGAGAAAGAGAUUCCAACUGCAGUACCAGAAGAAGCAAUUACUACCGAGGCAGCAGAGAAAGAACUUCCUAGCGAAGUUCCAGAGGUAGCUCAACCUACCAAAGCACCAGAAGAGGUUCUUCCAGAAAAGGAGAAACCGACCGAGACAACAGGAAAUGCUCUUCCUGAAGAAGAGAAGCCUAGCGAGGUAACUGAAAAGACACUUUCUGAAGAAAAGAAACCCGCUGAAGUAACUGAGGAGAUUCCUGAAGAAGGAAAGCCAGUCGAAGCUGAACAGCAAACAGUUGAAUCCGAAAAAGAAGUUCCUCAAACUACUGAAAGUAUUUCAUUCCAAGAACAAUUCCCUGAAUUAGUAUCAAGUUUGACUAAAAUUCCUCAAGUUGAAGAACACACAACUAAACUUCCUAUCGCUGCCGAAGAAGAAUUAUCACAAUCAACUACACCAGUAGCUAAAGCUGAAGCAACAUCUCUUCAAGAAGGAGAAGUUCCAGUGUCUCCAGUUGAAGCUACGGAAGCUACAACAAAGGAAGCUGAACCAAGUCAACCUUCAGAGGAAACACAGCCUGCGGUAACAGAAGCACAGCCUGCUGUAACAGAAGCACAACCUGCUGUAACAGAAGCACAGCCUGCUGUAACAGAAGCACAACCUGCUGUAACAGAAGCACAGCCUGCUGUAACAGAAGCACAGCCUGCUGUAACAGAAGCACAGCCUGCUGUAACAGAAGCACAGCCUGCUGUAACGGAAGCACAGCCUGCGGUAACAGAAGCACAGCCUACCGUAACGGAAGCACAGCCUGCUGUAACAGAAGCGCAGCCUGCGGUAACAGAAGCGCAGCCUGCUGUAACGGAAGCACAGUCUGCGGUAACAGAAGCACAGCCUGCGGUAACAGAAGCACAGCCUGCGGUAACAGAAGCGCAGCCUGCGGUAACAGAAGCACAGCCUGCGGUAACAGAAGCACAACCUGCGGUAACGGAAACACAGCCUGGCAUUCCAGAAGCACAACCUCCUACCAAACCAGCAAUCGAAACUUCAACACAAGAAGCAGAAGAACGCCCAGGAACUGAAAAGGCUCCUGAGGAAGAGCACGCAGUUUCAGUGUCAACGGAACAGUCUCAAGAAAAGAGUACAAUUGAACCACCGCUUCCUGAAGAGCACAAAGAAGGAGAAACUCACGAACUGCCAACGGAACCAUCGGUUGAAUCAGCCGAGGAAGAAGAAGAAGAGGUAGAAGAAGCUGCAUUGCCGGAAGCUCCAUCGACAACCGAGAAAGAAGAGCCAUCUGAAGGUCAACUACCUAGUGGAUUUGGCGAGCAUCUUCCACCAGUGAAUCACACAUUUGAAACCACUGAACGACCUGUACAACCAAGUCUAUACGAACGACCUACGAGUACUCUAGCUCCGCAAGUUCCUGAAUAUCCUGAUCAAUCGGUAACUGGAGAAGACAAUCCACACUUCCCUCCACAUGGUGGCAGUUACUUGAGUCCCGACGAAGAUUACGACGAAGAUGAUCAAGCUAUUUACGGACCAGGAACUUGCCGAUAUGGCGGCAAAGUUUAUGUAUCGGCGCAACAAAUUCCAAGAGAUGAUCCAUGCGACUUCUGCUUCUGCUUCAGAAGCGACAUCAUUUGUCUGCAACAAAGCUGUCCACCGCCGAUCCCAGGUUGUCACGAGGAACCGAUCAGUGGAUUCUGUUGUCCAAGAUACGAGUGUCCUGUGUCAAUGGCCACGUCGCUUAAUAUCACCACAACGACAACCACGACGACAACCACGUUGCCACCGCACUUCCACGCUCAUGCAUAUAAGGGAGCUGCGAAACGAAGCGGCUGUCAAAUUCGCGGACAAGCGUAUCGUGUUGGAGAAGUUAUUAGGUCCGCAUCAGGACCUUGCCUUCAGUGCACUUGCGGUGGUGAUGGCAACAUGAAAUGUGAUCCACGAGUGUGUAGUCCGGAGCCGAUGUUGAGGCAAAUGAUCGCAGCAGCUACGGCCAGAAGGAGGAGAUGAGCCGACCAACACGAUCCCGGGGAUCCGUCGAACAAACAUACGCACAAGGAAGUCUAGAGCAGGAUCAGUGUUGUAUAAAAGUGAAUUAAAAAUAUUCUAAACUAUCUAAAUGUCGCGGAAACACAGACUGUAAUGUGCUUCGGCGAUCACGAACUGAGUGGCCAAAACCGUAAACGUUUAUAUUAUAAUAUUAUAUUAUGUUAUAUAAAGAGAAAAAAAAGAGAGAAAGAAUGAGAUAGAGAUAGGAAUAGAGAACGAGAGAGAGAGUGAGAGAGAGCGCGAGAGAGGGAGAGAUCGAUGAGCACGUGUAAUGGAAGGGACUAAAGGAACAAAAAAGAAAGAAACGAAGAAUUUAGCUAUGUAAAACAAGGCUCGUUUUUAGUGCCAAACGUGAAACAGAAACAAGCAAACCAGUGGAACGAAAAGGGAUAUUAGUGGAGAAAUAUUUCGUGAUAGUUCCAUGUCUUACGCCAUUAUCUUUUUUCUUUUUUUUUUACACGUAAAAACGAUGGUUAUAAAGGAAGAGAAAAAGCGAUUAAUGAAAAAAAAGUUGCUGAACGUACGAGACUUAUGACUGUGCCUUCGUCAGUGCCGACAACAGCGGCACUAAACUUUCGUUCCGUGACAGCCAGACACGGCGCUAAUUUUAGCCACGAUCAUCGUCGUUGAAGCUUGAUAUUCUCGAGGAAUCGUCGUUAGGAAUUAAAUGUGGUGAUGGGAUACAAACGAUAAAUGCGUUUCAAUCGAACGCGACCAAAAAAAGAAAUAAAUAGAUAAAAAAGCGAAGAAAAUAUAUGAACCUUGGUACAUACGAAACGAUUUCCUAUACAGUGACAUUGUAACAGCAAUAUCAGAGAUUGUACGAGGGAUAACCACGAGAUCUUUUUCUUAGCGUAAAGCCUUGUUGAUUUCCCGCGUACGAUCGAAUGCGUGAGAAUUCGAUUCACGCGACAAGAAAUGUAAGCGCCACGUAGCACAUUGCUCUUGUAAUACCACUGUAAAAACUUGAACAACGAUGAUCCAAGGCGAUCUGCCGUACGAUCGCGAUAGAUCCAAAUCGUUUCAUGGCUGACACGCGUCGUGCGCUAACGAUCAGUCCACAUCUACUCACGUCUGCUGACGUUCACGCGUGUUCGAAUGCGAUCGAUAAGAUACUAGAAAUAUCAACGCCGCAGAUCCAUGACAAACUUCCCAGUCAAUAAUUUCUUCCAACUAUUUUUUACGCAACAACAUUCCUCUAUAGAAUUUUUAUAAUAUCCUUCGUCUUCCUAUAAAUCACGAACGCGAUAAUACACCGAAUGUAUAGAGUUGGUGGGAAAGACGUAUUAAAAUUAUAAAAUCCACUAACCAUUAAAAUUUAAACACACCAUGUCAACUGAAAAUUAUUUCUUGCGAUAUAUUUCAAAAAGUUUUUACAAUAUGCAUAUAAUUUAGAAUAUAGAUUCCAGACAUACGUAACUUGUUAUUCUUUUGAUACAUAAAUUUGAAAUAUCAUUUUAUAAUGUUUAGAGUUUGAGAUUCAAGGCGACGUCAGUCGUCGUUUAAUAUAUCGAUUCCACCAAUUAUACAUACGAGUAAAUUCCUUUCCUUAUCGCGAUAGAUCCGUGUAAUAAGCUAAGAUCGUAUUCAAGCACGCGCGCCUGUAUGUGUGCGUGCGUCUGUGUGCAUGGUACAUUUAUAUGUUUUAAAGAUAAAAUGAAAAGAAAGAAAAAGCCACAAAGACAAGACGAAAGGUACGCGUAUCUCAAAGCUCAAACAGCGGCUCGCGCGGAGGACCGAACGCGAAUUUGCUUCUCCGGCGAGCUGGCGUCAUUAUACAUAUAUAUAUAAAUAUAUAUAUAAAUAUAAAUAUA